AUUGAAAAUUGCUCAUACAGGCACAUAAACAGAUUGAGAUGUACACACAACAAGGCUUCUCGAAUCUUCCCAUAUGCAUGUCGAAAACGCAGUACUCAUUCUCACAUGAUACAUCAAAGAAAAGAGCACCUUCAGGGUUUGUAUUGCCAAUUCGGGAUGUUAGAGGAAGCAUUGGAGCUGGUUUCAUAUACACUACAAAAAAAACCGUAAAUCCUCUAGCGGGAAUGUAA